GCAUAGCUUGCCGACUAGUGUACACACUGCGCCAAAACUAUGGAGCGGCACUCAGCGUCAAAGUGCGUAGCCUUCUUCCUCCUUCCUCUCCUCGCCUGCGUGCAUUACGCUCAGGCACACCCUGGUCGUCCCUCGAUCCACUCCAUCUUCAGCUUCGGCAACUCGUACGCCGACACCGGCAACUUUGUCAAGCUCGCCGCGCCGGUGUUCCAGGUCAUCCCCUUCAACAACCUCCCCUACGGCGAGACCUUCUUUGGCCGCCCCACCGGCCGAGCCUCCAAUGGCCGCAUCACCAUGGAUUUCAUCGGUAUCGUCCUUUGGCGCCGAGGCGGUGCUCAAGGAGGGAGCGAGGUACGUGGUGGUGCCGGGGCAGCUGCCGACGGGGUGCAUUCCCAUCGUCCUGACGCUGUACGCGAGCCCCAACAAGCGGCACUACGACCGCCGGACCGGGUGCCUCAGAAAAUACAACGCGCUCGCGCGCUACCACAACGGAGUGCUGUUCGAGGCCCUGUAUCGGCUCCGGAUCAAGUACCCCGCGGCGAAGAUCGUCUACGCCGACUACUACGCGCCGCUCAUCGACUUCCUCAAGAAACCAAAGAAGUUCGGGUUCAGUGCUUCGUCGAAGCUCCGGGUUUGCUGUGGCGCCGGCGGGCCGUACAACUACAACAUGACGGCGGCGUGCGGGUUUCCCGGCGCGACCGCGUGCGCUAACCCCGCCGCGCACGUCAACUGGGACGGCAUCCACCUGACGGAGCCGGCGUACGAGCGCAUCGCCGCCGGUUGGCUCUGGGGCCCGUACGGGCACCCGCCUAUUCUCAAGGCCAUGCGUCAGUAAGCAAACGUGUCGUGUAUCGGUGUAUGGGAAUAUCGACGCCUGCAUGGUUCAGUUCUGUUUUUUUAACCCACUGUUCAGCUCUCUUCAUCGUUUUGUGAUGAACAAUCUUCUUUCUUUCCUUUUUUGUUUGAGCGAAUAUGAACAAUCUUGUCAUGAAGCAGUUUAUGCUAAACUGCUUGUAUAAAUAAAGACGGCCCACAUGAAGCACA